UCAGAUGCGAUUGGCGUUGGGUAGUUUAGGCUUUCCAAUCGGUACCAGCUGAUGAUGGGGCCGGUCUUCUUAAAUUUGUCUAAAAAAAGAGGUGUGCGGGAGAAGUAGAUGGUUUGGAUAUCAAGCGUCCUGAGGGGGUUAGCUCGUAGGAUGGAAAUAGGGUACAGCAGCAGCGGAGAUGGUGGCUCUGCUGCAAAUGCCGGGGUAGAGUGCCUUGAAGAGGUAGUAUACGAGGAGGAAGAAGAAGAGGGGGAAGAAGAAGAGGAGGAAGAAGAGGAGGACGUUGACGAAGAGGGUGCCGUGGCGAUGGACAAGGAGGAGGAGGAGGAGGAGGAGGAGGAGGAGGAGGAGGAGGAGAAGGAAAACAAGGACGACAAGGAUGACGAGGAAAAAGAGGAGGAGGAGGAGGAGGAUGGGGAAGAGAAAGAAGAAGAGGAGAAGGAAGAGGAGGAGGAGGACAUCGAGGUAGAAGAAGAAGAGGGGGGGAGGAGGAGGAGGAGGUGGAUGGAGGGAAGUAAACUCACCUGGUGUGCGCGGGUUGCGGCCGUUGGGCAUCGGAGUUCGGCAACUGCAACGCCGAACUCCACCGACAGGGCAGGGCAAAGUCGCGCACGAGAGAGGGCUGCAAUGGCUCGGAAUACGAAUUUGAAAUCGGCCUGAUCUGGACCGUCGAUCUCAAAGAUCUGACAACCCAGAUUGGGCCAUUUUCGUUUUUGAUUUUCGAGGCCCUACCGGCCUCGAGAAAAAAUUCCCUUUAGCCACCCCCGCUUCGCCCCUGCCCGCUUCUCACCCUCACGACACCCGAUUCCCCAUGGAAGCACCCACCCCAAUUUCCCAACCGAUCGGACACAGGGCCCCGAGCAGACGACCGACCGAUUGUCUAAUCGGAUAACCCUGGACGGUCGGGGGGGUCCGGACGUCCGAUCGGGUAACGUAGUUAUGAAGUAAAAUUUGUUUUUAACU